GGGGCUGCGGCCCGGCGGCGGCGCCCGGCCGCGCGCCCCGCGCCCCCGGCCCGCCGUAUUCCCGGGGAAAGUUUGUGGGGAGUUGCUGUGGGGGGUGAAGUGCCUGCCUCUCCAGGAGGAGCCGCCGCCGCCACUGCCGCCGGCGCGGCGGAGCUGGGGCUGGUGGCGCUGUGGUGCCGCCGGCUCGGGGGAGGGUCAGAGCGGCCACCGGCGGCGGCGGCGGCGCGCCCGGCUCCGGCCAGGCGGGCGGCCGUCCGCGCUCGCGCCCCGGCCCCGGCCGGCCCGGGUCCCGGCCGCCGCCCCCACUGUCAGCCGGCCGGGGCCCCGCCGCCGCUCCCGCCCCCGGCGCCGGGCUCUCCGCGCGCACCCCGGGGUUGUUUACGUCCGGGCGGGCGCCCCGGGGCCCCCGCAGACCCCGCGGCCGCCGGCUCUUUUGUGCGCCUGCACGCGUGUCGCGGACCGGCCCUCCGCGGCCCGGCAGCCCGGCAGGGGCGCUUCGGGGAAACUUGCGAGGGGUGGCGGGGGCGCACGGCGCGCGGAGCCCAGGGUGCUGGCGCCCGGCAGGCGCGGGUGCGGGCGGAGGGCUGCAACUUUCCCCGAGCGCAGGCCCCGCGCGGCGCCCCGGCGGGGGGCGCUUCCUCCCCGCCGCCCGGCCCGGCCGCCCUUGCCCCGCGCCCCGGGGCGCCCGCGGCCGCCCCCCUCGGGCCCUCUCUUCGGGGGCCCUGCCCUCCCCGCACGCCCCGCGGGCGCCAUGGAGCGCGCGGCGGGUCGGUUCCGAAAUGCCUUCUCCGAUCGGGUUCUUGAAAGCAAAGCCCCGGGGACCCCGCUGGACGGCGGCGUGCCGGGCCGUGGUCCACGCGCCGAGCCCCGGGCGCCGCCGGGGGAUCCUGCCGGGGCUCCCCGUCGGGGGCCCGAGCCGCCGCCGCCGCCGCGCCCAGGGGGUGCGUCCCCGCCUGCCACCCCCCACCCAGAGGAGCGGCGCGCCCUCGGGGUCCUCCCGGAACCUGCCAGCUCCGCGCUCGCGGCGCCUGGACAGCCCCUGGACUCUGCCAGGUGGAUGCUGUGUGUAGCCGGAGCCAAGUUGAAGAGGGAACUCGAUGCCACCGCAACAGUAUUGGCAAACCGGCAAGAUGAAAGCGAGCAGUCUAGAAAGCGGCUCAUCGAGCAGAGCCGAGAGUUCAAGAAGAACACUCCAGAGGAUUUGCGCAAGCAGGUAGCGCCACUGCUGAAGAGCUUCCAAGGGGAGAUUGAUGCACUGAGUAAAAGAAGCAAAGAAGCCGAGGCAGCCUUCUUGAAUGUCUACAAGAGACUGAUUGACGUUCCAGAUCCCGUGCCGGCUCUGGAGCUGGGGCAGCAGCUCCAGGUCAAAGUGCAGCGGCUGCACGACAUUGAAACAGAGAACCAGAAACUUAGGGAAACUCUUGAAGAAUACAACAAGGAAUUUGCCGAAGUGAAGAAUCAAGAGGUUACGAUAAAAGCACUUAAAGAGAAAAUCCGAGAAUAUGAACAGACUCUGAAGAACCAAGCUGAGACCAUAGCUCUUGAGAAGGAACAAAAGUUACAAAAUGAUUUUGCAGAAAAGGAGAGAAAGCUGCAAGAGACCCAGAUGUCUACCACCUCAAAGCUGGAGGAGGCGGAACAUAAGGUUCAGACUCUGCAAACAGCCCUGGAAAAAACUCGAACAGAAUUAUUUGACCUGAAAACCAAAUAUGAUGAAGAAAUUACUGCCAAGGCCGACGAAAUGGAAAUGAUCAUGACGGACCUUGAAAGAGCAAACCAGAGGGCAGAGGUGGCUCAGAGAGAGGCGGAGACCUUAAGGGAGCAGCUCUCGUCAGCAAACCACUCUCUCCAGCUGGCCUCGCAGAUCCAGAAGGCGCCGGACGUGGAGCAGGCCAUAGAGGUGCUGACCCGCUCCAGCCUGGAAGUUGAGUUGGCCGCCAAAGAGCGGGAGAUUGCCCAGCUGGUGGAGGACGUGCAGCGACUCCAGGCCAGCCUCUCCAAGCUGCGCGAGAACUCGGCCAGCCAGAUCUCCCAGCUCGAGCAGCAGCUGAGUGCCAAGAACAGCACCCUCAAACAACUGGAAGAAAAACUCAAAGGACAGGCUGACUAUGAGGAGGUGAAGAAAGAACUCAACAUUCUGAAAUCCAUGGAGUUCGCACCGUCCGAGGGAGCUGGCACACAGGAUGCAUCCAAGCCCCUGGAGGUGCUGCUGCUGGAGAAGAACCGCUCGCUGCAGUCCGAGAACGCCGCGCUGCGCAUCUCCAACAGCGACCUGAGCGGGUCAGCCAGGAGAAAAGGGAAAGACCAGCCUGAGAGUCGGCGUCCUGGACCUUUGCCGGCCUCCCCUCCUCCUCAGUUGCCCCGCAACACGGGGGAGCAGGCUUCCAAUACUAAUGGUACACACCAGUUCUCACCAGCGGGGUUAACUCAAGACUUUUUCAGCUCAUCCCUGGCAAGCCCCAGCCUACCCCUGGCUUCUACGGGAAAAUUUGCACUAAACUCCCUCCUCCAACGACAGCUAAUGCAGUCCUUCUACUCCAAGGCCGUGCAGGAAGCAGGAAGCACAAGCAUGAUUUUUCCAACAGGUCCAUACAGCACAAACUCCAUAUCUUCCCAAAGUCCAUUACAGCAAAGCCCAGAUGUAAAUGGCAUGGCCCCGUCUCCCAGCCAGUCAGAAAGUGCUGGGAGCGUCUCCGAGGGCGAGGAGAUAGACACUGCAGAAAUCGCCCGGCAGGUGAAAGAGCAAUUGAUCAAGCACAAUAUCGGACAGCGCAUUUUCGGACAUUAUGUCUUGGGACUGUCGCAAGGGUCCGUGAGCGAGAUUCUGGCCCGGCCCAAGCCAUGGAACAAACUGACUGUUCGCGGCAAGGAGCCCUUUCACAAGAUGAAGCAGUUCCUGUCAGACGAGCAGAAUAUCUUGGCCCUCCGCAGCAUCCAAGGCAGACAGAGAGAGAAUCCAGGCCAGAGCCUGCACAGACUAUUUCAGGAAGUACCGAAACGAAGAAAUGGGUCUGAAGGUAACAUCACCACCCGGGUCCGAGCCUCAGAGACCGGGUCCGACGAAGCAAUCAAGUCCAUCCUGGAACAAGCCAAACGGGAGCUGCAGGUGCAGAAAGCCGCGGAGCCGGCCCAGCCUUCAUCAUCGUCCAGCAGCGGGAGCUCCGACGACGCCAUCCGCUCCAUCCUGCAGCAAGCCCGCCGAGAAAUGGAGGCCCAGCAGGCUGCUCUCGACCCCGCCUUAAAACAAACGCCGCUGUCCCAGACCGACAUUGCCAUCCUGACCCCCAAGUUAAUCUCCACCUCGCCCAUAUCGUCCGGUUACUCUCCGCUAGCCAUCUCCCUGAAGAAGCCCCCCGCAGCCCCCGAUUCCAGCGCCUCUGCUCUGCCCAACCCCCCGGCCCUCAAAAAGGAGGCCCAGGACACGCCCGGGCUGGACCUCCAGGGAGCGGCCGACCCGGCACAGGGGGUCCUGAGACACGUGAAGAAUGAGCUGGGCCGCAGCGGCGUGUGGAAGGACCACUGGUGGAGCACCGUGCAGCCGGAGAGAAAGAGCGCGGUUCCUCCCGAAGAACCCAAGGGCGAGGAAGCCAGUGGUGGGAAAGAGAAGGGCGGCGGCAGCCAGACACGCGCCGAGCGCGGCCAGCUGCAGGGACCCUCGUCAUCCGAGUACUGGAAAGAGUGGCCCAGCGCCGAGUCGCCGUACUCCCAGAGCUCCGAGCUGAGCCUGACCGGAGCCAGCCGCAGCGAGACGCCCCAGAACAGCCCUCUGCCCUCCUCCCCGAUCGUGCCCCUGUCCAAGCCCGCCAAGCCCUCGGUCCCUCCACUGACCCCCGAGCAGUACGAGAUCUACAUGUACCAGGAGGUGGACACCAUCGAGCUCACCCGGCAGGUGAAGGAGAAGCUGGCCAAGAAUGGCAUUUGUCAGAGGAUCUUUGGGGAGAAGGUGCUGGGCCUGUCCCAGGGCAGCGUCAGCGACAUGCUGUCCCGGCCGAAGCCGUGGAGCAAGCUGACCCAGAAAGGCCGCGAACCCUUCAUCCGGAUGCAGCUCUGGCUGAACGGCGAGCUGGGCCAGGGCGUCCUGCCCGUGCAAGGGCAGCAGCAAGGGCCAGUCCUCCAUUCUGUGACGUCACUACAGGACCCCCUGCAGCAGGGCUGCGUGAGCUCAGAAAGCACUCCAAAGACCUCUGCCAGCUGCAGCCCUGCACCCGAAUCUCCAAUGAGCUCUAGCGAAUCGGUGAAGAGCUUGACUGAACUGGUCCAGCAGCCCUGUCCCCCCAUCGAAACCAGUAAGGAUGGCAAACCACCAGAACCCAGCGACCCGCCCGCCUCAGACUCCCAGCCCACCACCCCACUGCCGCUGUCUGGACACUCGGCCCUCAGCAUCCAAGAGCUGGUAGCCAUGUCUCCAGAGCUGGACACCUACGGCAUAACCAAGAGGGUCAAGGAGGUGCUGACCGACAACAACCUCGGUCAGCGCUUAUUUGGAGAGACCAUCUUAGGGCUCACUCAAGGCUCCGUCUCUGAUCUCCUCGCUCGCCCGAAACCCUGGCACAAGCUCAGUCUGAAGGGACGGGAGCCCUUCGUCCGGAUGCAGCUGUGGCUGAAUGACCCCAACAACGUGGAGAAGCUGAUGGACAUGAAACGGAUGGAGAAGAAAGCAUACAUGAAGCGGCGGCACAGCUCAGUCAGCGACAGCCAGCCCUGUGAGCCCCCCUCCGUUGGCAUUGACUACAGCCAGGGCGCCAGCCCCCAGCCCCAGCACCAGCUGAAGAAACCCCGAGUGGUGCUGGCUCCUGAAGAGAAAGAAGCUCUGAAGAGAGCAUAUCAGCAAAAGCCAUACCCGUCACCAAAAACCAUCGAAGAACUCGCCACCCAGCUCAACUUGAAAACCAGCACUGUCAUCAACUGGUUCCACAAUUACAGGUCUCGGAUCCGCAGAGAACUGUUCAUCGAGGAGAUCCAGGCCGGCAGCCAGGGCCAGGCCGGCGCCAGCGACUCCCCGUCGGCCCGGAGCGGCCGCGCGGCGCCCGGCUCGGAGGGCGACAGCUGCGACGGCGUGGAGGCCGCCGAGGGCCCGGGCGCCGCGGACGCCGAGGAGUCGGGCGGCCCCGCGGCCGCCGCCAAGUCUCAGGGAGGGCCGGCCGAGGCGGCCGCGGCCCCGGAGGAGCAGGAGGAGGCGCCGCGGCCGGCGGAGAAGGCGCAGCCGCCGCCCUCGGCCCCGGCCGCCGCGGACGACGCCGACGGCGAGGGCCGGGCCCGGGCGCCACCGCCGCCACCGCCCGAGGGCCCCGCGGACGGCCCGGGGCCCGUGCCAAACCCCGCCGCCGCGCCCGCGGCCGGGGAGGACGCCGCUACCUCAGCCGCGCCGCCGGCGGAGGGCCCGUGCCGGGCCCGGGACGGCGCCGACAGGAGUUCCGCUUUGCCAAGCACCAGCGCGCCCGCGGCCGCCCGCAGGGCCAGCUCGCUGCAGAGCCUCUUCGGCCUCCCGGAGGCGGCGGGCGCCAGGGACUCGCGAGACAACCCCUUGAGGAAGAAGAAGGCUGCGAACUUGAACAGCAUAAUCCACCGCCUGGAGAAGGCCGCCAGCCGUGAGGAGCCCAUCGAAUGGGAGUUCUGAGAGGCGCCGCCCGCCCGUCGCGCCCCGCCGGGCCGAGCCGAGCCGGGCCGGGCCGGCCGAGCGGGGCCGAGCGGGGCCGGGCCGAGCCGAGCCGAGUCUGGCCGAAUCUCGCCGGGCCAGGCCGAGUCUGGCCGAGCUGGGCCGGGCCGAGCCGAGUCGAGUCGAGUCGGGUCGGGUCGGGUCGGGCCGGGCCGGGCCGAGUCUUGUCGGGCCGAGCUGGGCCGAGCCGGGCGGGCAGAGGGGCGGGCGCCGACUCCGCGGCCUGGACCGUGUUGCGCACUUACCGCCCUGCGGGCCACAGGGCAAAAUCGCCAUAGGCCAAGGUGCAUAUAGAAAACAAAGGAGCAUUAAGCCCAAUCUAUGUCGUGUUUUCAAGGAAGAAAACGGAAAUGUGUAGUCGAGCUUUUUUGUACCCUGAAGUGUUUUUUUUAUUGCCCUAAGUGAUUUCCACAGGUUCUGGAAUAACUCUUACAGCUUUGCCUUGUGCCCUCCUCUUUCGUGUGGGCUUUAAAAAAAAAAAAUCAAACCCACAUAUUAAAAGGGGGCUUUUUAUCUGCCAUCUAAUGGCUUCAGAGCGAUAAUACACUAUUAUCUUCUUAAACCAGGAAAAAAAAGGGGGGGGGGAUUUUUCAGAAAAAUUAAAAAAGAAAGUUUUUGUAGCUGUUCAGUUGCCACUAAGAGAUUGCACAGUCAAACCGACUCUAAACACACUAGUUUGGAUUCCUAAAUAUUUUCAAGUAAAGAAUCUUCUCGUUUGAAACUUUGAAUUAAAAUAAAACACAUUUACUCCACAUAUUUUUUAACAAGAAGAAAAGUCACAUCAGGAAACUGAUUUUGUGGUAGCUGACGUAGUGUUUUCUUGUACGUGAAUAGAAUCCUGACAUGUAGUGCACAUUGAUCCAUAGCUUUAACUGACUCCGGGCUUUUGCUGCCCUGGGUCUGUUUAAUACACUCCAUUCUAGGCCAAAUCAGGACAAAAAGAAAAGAUCCGAAUCUAGGUAUUUUAUAAUCUGCUUUUUAACCUCUAACCGCAGAGCACGCUGAUCAGACCUCAUAUCUCGGAGGUUUAGGAGACAAGUUAGAACUGUAGCAUGUACCCGUUCAUUUUGUUUAAUUUAUGGUGUCCACGUCUGUGUUAGUGCGUCUGCACGUGCGCGAGCAUUCAAAGCAAGGAGGAAAGAGUAGGCCGCGAAGGUGGCAGCAGGCAGUUCUGGGGCCAAACGGGGCCGCCCCUCAGAGACAGCAGUCUUUCCUUGGCACAGAAGGCACCGCACCUCACACCACUCUCCUGGGCGCCUGAUGGACUGAGCCCCACCAGGGGACGCCGCUCCCUGGGCCUGGGCAGGGCUGGCACGCGCGCUCUCUCUUUCCCUUCCUUCCCACCACAAGCACUGAUGACUGUUGACGUCGUGGGAAGCUUCCUUCCCUGCAGAAGAGAGAUCGUGGCAGUCUGGGCUCUGCUCCCACCCCUGUAGAGAUGGCCCAAACUCACACCAAAACGCUGAUGCUCUUCACUUCCAGACCAGACCAUUGGCCCUUCAUUCUUUUUGCCUCUUGGAGCGUUCCUUUAUGCACAGUUUAGGGAGUCUAAGUACAAAUCAGAAGUCUAACUUGUCUCUGAUUCCUCCUGUUGUCUAUGUGUAUAUGCGUGAGAAUAGAGGCGGAUGAGAGUGUGCGUGUGUGCGUGUGUGCAAUUUUAUACGUCUGUGUAUUUUCUUAAGUACCUGUGCACACAUAGAGUGCAUUACUGCCACCUUUUUUCAAUAAGCUGUUUUCUCAGUUAUGGCUUCUACAAGUUUGCUAAUUUAGACUCCUUUAUUGCCAUAUCUUUAAACUAACAAUAGAUGAUUUCGGUAUAUAUAUAUAUUUUUUUUUGCUUAUUUAUAGGUGCUGUAUUUUAUUAUCUGAUUGUUAGGAAGGGAUGAAAGGGGCAAAUAUUCUUUAGAGGGAUAGACUGCCGGCAGUAUUGGGUAUAAUUUACAAGAUGUAGUUGUCAAACUGUAUAUUACUGAUUGAAAACUUUUUGACCGUAUUGUGUAUCAUUGAAACUUUUGUCUUAGGUCAACAUCUUUGGAUGACAUUUUAAUGGUGCAUUCAUUAUUUCUUAAGUUUAAUUAAUAUUACCUUUUUUGAUUUGGGGAGGGUGGGAGGGAGUUAUAAUUUUAAAGAUAUGCUCCCGCUAUUACACCUCAGUGUGCUUGUAUUAAUUAACUUGUAGGGCUUGACUGUAAGAUGUGAAACCACAUUUCUUGCAUGAUGUUUUAGAAAUUAUGUAUUUCAUUUACAGUCUUUAACCUGCAACUGCAACACUUAGAUCAAGUUUUCACCAAUUUAAGAGUCACUACACUAAAGACAAUGCCUUUUCAUGAAUGAGAAGUUUUCAGAAGGCUCUAGGAGGCUGGGAGGCAGGCCGGUUGUCUCUUGAUAGUUGCAUCAUCUCCGAACUUGACAUCUGGUUCAGUGAGAAGAGAAUUCAAGAUGGAGGAGCUUAAGGGGAAAGGGAUGAACAUCUGGCUGAAUUCAGGUGCAUUAAGAAGAGCGAGUUUGGGUUAGUGACCUUAGGACAGUGAGUGGCAGAGCCCCUGACAGUACUGUGGUGUCCUCUCCACAAAAACCUCGAGGGAAUUUUGUCAUCACGUGUGAUGAGUCUCUAAAUACCUGAUUUUCAUGAGAAUGAAAAGCAGGGAGUAAACAGGAAAUAUUAGGGUAGUAUUUUAGUUUUUAAAGGCAUGACUGUUAUUUACAAAGGUGUUAAAUCCGAGGAAAUGGGAAAAGUAUAAAUUUGUCCACCCUAGUGGCCAAAGUGUCACAGUGUAAAACAGCCACUUUGGCUCUUCCAAGCAAUUCCGUAGUUUUUGUGUUUGGUUGGUUGGUUUUUUUAACUAGGUUGUUGUUGAUUUCCAUUCUGUCUUUUUUGCCAGACUUACAUCUGGGUGCUCGAUGCAAUCAGUUGGUUCAGUUUUGCUCCUAGUUCCGUGGUUGUGUUUUCCUAUUUAUUUUUAUUGCGACCCCAAGCCUGUGGUCUUCUGUGCUAAGCCGUCACCCUCUGCAAUUCUUCUAAGAGCUGCCGCUAAGUGACAGCAACCUGUCGGGGCCAGGGCGGGGGUGCCCCUCCUCGACACACCCCUGAGUUUGAGCCUAAGGGUGGAUCUUUCCUCUUGAUAAGCAAUAUUCAAGUGCCUUGAACAGCAUCCUCUCCGCGGGGUUUAUCUUCGGCUGGCUGGCGUUCCAAGCAGUCGCUCCCACAGGCAGCCCAGCUCCUCCGCUUCAUGCUCCACUGGUUUAAAAAGCUGAUUUGUACCUCUCCCCUGGGGAAAACGGUUCCGUAUAAAACACUAACACUUAAUUACAAGCUCCAUUAUACCAUUUUAAAUGGCUUCUUUUUGUUAAUUGGAGGCAGUGUUCAUAACUUAAGGUUUUUGCCAUUACUUAGCUGGCUAAGUGGAGGCUCAGCAUCAAGUCAGUGUUCACGGUCAGCCUCUUGACCCUUGGUUCCUGCCCACGCUCUCGGUGGCAUCUCAGGUGGAGGUGUGUGGCUUCUGUCCCAGACCGUGCCCACUCGCUUCCACCGCCUGGCUCCCAGGCGGCCUCCUCCCUCGAACUUCUGCAUCAGUCAGGCUGUCUGUAAUUUCUUUCCACCAGACCACUCUUCUUUAGAAAGGAUUACCACAGCCAUUUGGCUCAACUCAGUUAUUAUCAGAGCCCACCUGCCUGAGGAACAUCACGACACGAGGUGGCUACAGUCAGCACACAGCCCCGGAAUGCAGGCCGAGGAGACAGCUCCAGGAAAUGCCAGGAUCUUGACUCAUGACUACUAUCAAACCAUGGCCACUAUGUCUGGGAAAGUGACUGAGGCGAAAAGCUGACAGUUCGUGGCCUCCCUGGCACGGUUCCCUGUACUUGCAAAGCACAAAUGCCUCCCUGCCCAGUCUCCUUCCUGUUGGCAUCUUUGUUUUUUCCCCAUUUGAAAACCACCCUGUCCGAUGUGGACGUUCGGGCGGGUCUGCUGGUUGGUGGUCCAGACCCAGAGUGCUACAGAGCUUUGGGUUAAGUGUUCCUCUGUGUGCUCUCUGGCCAUGAGAGGCCCACCCACAUCCCAAGCCCAGCUGGCCAGCUCUAGAAGAAAGGAAACACCCCGACUGCCUCCUUGGCCCGGGCCACAUCCCUCGUGCAGCUCACGAGCAAACCCAGCAGAAGGCAGAUUGUGCUCUGAUCCGGGGGAAGGCUCUGGCGUCGGACGACACCCUGCGAUCAUGUGGCAGUCAUGCCCUAAGAGACUGGCACAAGCCACGAGAUGAGCUCGGUCCACAGGCAGGUGCCUUCCCGGCUGAAGUUGGACUGGGUGUCUGUUCCCCCUGAACUCAUGUCCUUCCAGGCAGAGGUGAUCGAUGAACUCUAUUGACAUUCUAUGCAAUGUUUUUCAUUCCUCUGAUUCUAGAAAAACAAACCUCACUGGAAACAGCAGAGGGCCCAAGGGGAGUGUACACGCGCCCUUCUGGGAUUAGCACAAAGAACCAGGGGUGGUGACUUACUGGAUCUUGAGCCGAGGACAACAGCCCUUGCCUUAAAUGCACUGUGACAGGCGCCUCUCAACAGGCCUGUGAGAACAAGAGUCUGCCCUUAGCCAUCCCAAGCCCCUACUUUCUGAGGCCAGUAAGGCAGCUGUGCGGGAGAUGGAGCAAGGCGAGGUUCCAGCAUGUGUGGCGAGCAUGGUGGGCUGUUAGCCGCGCCCCUUCAGGCUGGAGGUUUGGCUCCCUCCCUGGAUUUCCUCCCUUGUCACACUCCUCAUUUGUCCCCUUCUACCUCUCUAACCCAUGCUCCCACUCGAUGUCACUCCUCGCCCCACACCCCUCAGAAGGAAGAGAAAAAGCUAGAAACGUGGCAUCCAUGAGUAGCUCUUGGCCUGGUGGUCAGGCAGGCGCCUUCUGUCUUUUGUGAGCUCAACAUGGACAGACAGCUGCGCUCUGCGAGGCACAUGGAUUUUUCUCUUGAUUUCCACCUGUUCCUGAAGCUCUGACAGCUGUUUCCUUUGCAGGCAGGGGCAGUCUCAGGCCUCACAGGGGCUUGUCUUUGGCCUGCCUUUGCUUUCUGCCCCUUUCUGCUCAGCUGUGAAGAUCCGUCACAGCCGUUUCCCUUGCCCUGGGCUGCCCCUCAAUGGCCACGUGAAGACACUUCCCCAGGAUUCCUGCCUGGCUUCGGGGACCCCUGUCUUCGUUGUCUCUGGCACUGGGAGGUUGUGACUUCAGCUCCACUGUGAGCUCUCCUUUGGAAGCAUCUCAAGGACAGGAGAGGAUGUGGCGUUCUCCAGCUCCCACGCCCAGCCUUCAAUCACAGGACCCUUUCCUCCCAAAAGAAUGUACCGGUUUCCACCCAGGGCCGCUGGUUGGAUGUGGGAGAAUCCCCUCUGGUCCUGGAUUCUCUUGAUGAAAGAAUUUGGAAGUGAGACCUUAAGGAUUUGUGCCAUCACCGUGUGCUUGGGCAUCUACCAGGAGAAGCUCACAUGUCGAAGUCCCCCCAUGCUUCUGCAGUUUGGUUUGGGCCUCGGUGGCAUUAGGGGAGCCUUCAUGACCCCCAAGGCAGAGCUCCUGCCCUGAGUGGCAGGUGGUGGCCUGGGGCUCCAGCAUGCUGUAGUUCCAUUUCCAAUGCAUCGGAUGUCCAUCUGGCCAGCACGCUCACUUGCUAAGAGAAUGGUCCAGCUUGACAAUAUUAUUUCCAUUCCUAUCAGUUUCUGCCUUUUUGUUGAUGAAAACUACUGGGAAAAGAGGAAAACAAGUUCCCAAUUAAAGUUCCAGAAAGAUCCAGCCUGUGAAACCCUUUGAGAUGUGCCGAAAGCUGAGGCCAAGGCCCUCGGGGUAAAUUAAGACGAGGAGGAAAGGGGCGUGGGGCUCAGGGAGCUGGGCGUAAAAUGAGCCUCACCGGAGUCUUCCCUACCCUGGAGCCCUGGCAGCCUCUGAGCGUCACGCCUGGUCAGGGAGGAAGAAGGAAAUGUGGUCCCCCUGUCUGUCCCACCUGGAGGAACUGCCCCCACUGUCCAGGCCUUGCCACCGCCCCUCCCCAUCACCUGCCCCCCAAAGAUCCCGUGUCCACGCUGUCAGUGGCAUCAUCCCUAUUUUCAUUUUUGGAUGAAGUGACAUUUAGCUUUAACAAGACAUUUCCAAAGCGCCUAGUCUCCUCCCAAAUGCUAACUUUAAAAGUUGGGCAUUAUAGGCGAAGAAUCCUAAAAAAGGCUAGUGAGAGAAAGACAUUAGGCUAUGCAUAAAUGUGCACUUCCCCACCCCCUGGUAUUACACUUUUAAAGUCCCCUGGAGUUGCUUUCCAUGAAUCGUUUUUGUUUAUCCAAUAACAUUAAGAAGUAGAGUCUGUGUUACUGUAAUUUCUGUCGUGUUUAGGCUUUAAUUUCUACCACAAAAUAUGCUGUAUGCUAUGUAUCGAGCUUUCUGUGAUCAGAAAGGAAAGGUGCCUUAAAUCCCAAUGUCACGGCUAUACCCCUAUGGAAAAGAAUCAAAAGCACAGUGUGGACGGAAGCCAUGGGACUUCCGCUGGUGAAACCAGACGCCAGUCAGCAGGACGCAUUGAAGUGGCACGGGGCUGCUUUUGUUUGAUAGUUCCGUUUUUCUCCUUCUUCAUUGUCCUUUUUUUCUUCUUUAUUUUUUUUUUUUGUAGUUUGCUUUAAACAGAAAGCACUUAAAUAGAUGACUAUGUGUAAAAAGCUCUGUGCAAUAGAAAUCCUUUCGCUUCAUUUUUAAGAGAUAAUGUAUUGCACACCAAAUGAACUCGAAGUAAGCUUUAGACCCGGGCGAUUCAGGUUGUGGACGUUCACUGUAGUUCUGUUUGUUCAUGAACUGAAGGGAAAACAGGCCUCCCCAGCACCCCCCCCCCCGCCCCUCCCUCCCAUCCCAGCCUGCCUGCUGUCGCCCACCCAGCUGGAGGUGCUGGGCCCACGGGCGCCGGCCGGAAGCCCAGGCUGGGUGGCAGGGCGGGAGUUUGUGACUCAGCAGCUGAGAACUCUGAGUGUGACACCACAGCCAUCCCUUCCAGCACUUAACCUUUUCUUGAGAUGGAUUGACUGCUACUGACCUGCCAGCGUGCGUGAGGAUAAUUAUAAAAGGAUUAUUUCCUUGAAAAAAAAUUAUUUCUAUCCUCUUCUAUUUAUUAUUAGGUUAAUCAUUUAAGUACUUAUCAGGAGUGUAUUGUUGUUUUGUAUUGUUAUUGUUAUAAAUGCUUUUUGCUAUCACUCCAGUGGUUAACUGUCUUCUGCCUCCUGCCCUCCCCGCCCCCAAAAAGAACCAAAGGGUCUGGGGGUUUGCUGGGGGCGCAGAGGGGGCUUUUCCAGCAGAAUCAGACGUCUGUCUGCAGAGUAGCCACUCAAAAACUGGUGGUCUCCCCGUGUCUAACUUUGUAAAUGAGAGAGUUGAACAAAAAUCUCCCAAUGUAAGGAAGUGCCGAGUGGAAGAACACUCGAGAGAGGAGCUGCAGAGGAGACUUAGAAAGGCAGAGUUCAGUUCCCCAAAGCCUCCUAGAGCCUCUGGUAAGACUUCUGGGUUCAUGACGCUUCGGGAGCCCUGGUGGGUGAGGGUGCGGCAGCCUGCCCCGGACCCACUGCCGAGUGAGGGAGGGCUUUCUUGCAAGGCUCCCGUGGGCUGACGUGUUUUAGUUGGCUUUUGUUGUCGUCGUCGUCGUUUUCCUUGCAUACAAAGUUGGUCAAAACCAUCUUGCAAAGCAACAGUGUUUCUUAGUCCAGCUAUGGCUUGAGGACCUACACCAGGGAGGUCGUGGAGGGCCCCCAGUCCCCCUUGAUGUGGUUAAGUGUGGAGGAAUGUGAGAUGUGGGGCAGAGCUCUCUGCGGCUAGAAGCACAGCCAACAAGACACCUAGUUGCUUGCUAAGCGGGUGUGAGGAUGAGGUGGGGCUGGCCUGGGCCGGAGAAGGAGCCAGGUGGGGCCAGAUGGCCGCCUGGGCUCCCACAGGCCCCGCCCCCCCCCCCUCGCAUUCUGUGCCCUGACUUCUCCCCUUCUCUGCAGUUGCCAGGGGUCCUGAUUUUGUUCUCAUCUCUUCUAAAGCAAGCCCUCCAAUGAAAUGGCGGCCCCCAUCCCCCAAAGGGUUUUCAGUUCUCUCUAAUUAGUCUAUGCAUUUCUCUCUCUCGAGCCCUUUUCUGCCUCUUUCCUUGAGAAAACGGGCAUCUCAUGUCCCACCAUCUGAGACCCCUCAGAAAAUGCUGUGCAUUUUGGAGACGUGAGGAUUCGUUCCAAAUUCUUAAAGCAUUUGAGAAUAACUUGUCAUAAAAGUGGGAAAAAAAAAAGAGAAGGUGGUUUUCCCCACGUCCCUUUCCACUGAGUAAGACCUAGCUCUUUGCGAUUGUGCAAUAACUACUUGCUGUGAGAGCGGGUAGCGCCACGCCUGUCCAGACUACUAACACAGCACAAGACGAGCGCGCACCGAGUGGCCGACUUCUUCCGGAAAACUCUUAAUAAAAUAAGCUCAGCUCCCCCGUGUAUUGUGGUGUCUUACAUUUUAGCAGUAUUUUAUAUUUUCUGUAACGCACUAAGUCUUAGAUGUUUUUAGAGCUCGUUUGUUAAUACAAUCACAGACUUCUUUUUUUGUUUUAAAUCUUCACCGAGACCCAAUUGACCAAAAAAAAAAAAAGCAUCCUUUUUGU